AUGGUUACGAUGAAUUCAAAUGAGAAGACGGCUCAGAAGGCCUGUCAGCAGGGACCUUCCAAAGAGGUGGCAAAAUCAGGAAAAGAUGAUAAGGAAAAUGAGAAGAAAGAAAAGAAAGACAGAGAGAGCAUGAUAGCUAACAUGCCACCCAGUGUUCAGGCACUGAUGGCUACAGUACCUUCACCAGAAGAAUCACCUAACUAUCUGGCAUAUAAGAAGAUGGAAGCUAUCAUAGAGAAAAUGCAAGAUGAAAACACAGGGGUGCCUGUUCGUACCGUCAAGAGCUUUAUGAGUAAAAUACCAUCGGUUUUCACUGGCUCCGAACUGGUGGCAUGGUUGACCCGUCACCUCAAUCUGGAAGACGCUUGGGAGGCCCUGCACCUGUCUCAUCUAUUGGCAGCUCAUGGUUACUUAUUCCCUAUAGACGACCAUUGUCUGACGGUGAAAAAUGAUAAUACCUAUUAUAGGUUCCAAACGCCGUACUUUUGGCCGUCAAAUCAGUGGGAGCCUGAAAAUACGGAUUACGCGGUAUACCUCUGCAAGCGAACAAUGCAGAACAAGGCGCGUUUAGAACUGGCUGAUUAUGAGGCAGAGUCUUUGGCGCGGUUACAGAAGAUGUUCAGCAGGAAAUGGGAGUUUAUAUUCAUGCAGGCAGAGGCUCAGAGCAAAGUUGAUAAGAAAAGGGAUAAGUUGGAGAGGAAAGUUCUGGACAGCCAGGAGAGGGCGUUCUGGGAUCUUCAUAGACCUAUGCCCGGAUGUGUGAACACAACGGAAUUGGAUCCAAAGAAACUGUCAAGAAUUAACGCUUUAAAGGAAAAACGGCUUCAGCUAUGCAGAGAGCUCAUUACUCAGCACAAUUUGAAGAACAACCCAAUAGUAACAAUCACAAACCCUCAAGAAAGCGAAGAGGCCAUACAGAAGAAUUCUGAGGCCGUUAAGGAAAAUGGCGAAACAUCCCACUCUGAACUGGCAACACUGGAGGGUGACAAGCCGAGUAUUGAAGCACAGAUUGAGGCGGCUAAACGACAAGUUGCGGUUUUGAAGGCGCGACUCGAGAGACGAAAUGUUCGCGUCAGUAAGGUUGCAGAAAUAUUCAUAUCGUACUGCGAGCAAUAUGCAGAAUACGACGCCUUCCUGACUCCACCAGAAUGGCCCAAUCCAUGGAUAAGCGAUACUACAGAACUGUGGGAUCAAGAGAAGCAAUGUAAAGAACCACUACCCCUCCGUCGCGUCAGACGCUGGUCGUUCAACCUUCGGGAACUGCUCCGCGAUCCUCCAGGGCGGGACCACUUCGCGAAGUUUCUCAAUAAGGAAUUCAGUGGGGAAAAUCUCAACUUCUGGUUGGCCGUGCAAGAGUUGAAGGCGCUUCCGAUAUGUCGCGUGGCCUCUCGGGCUCGGGAUAUUUGGAAGGAGUUUCUCGACCCCAACGCACCUUCGCCCGUUAAUAUUGAUGCUGCGAGCAGGGAACUAACACGUGUGAGAGUGGAGUCCGGAAAACCGGAUAGAUAUUGCUUUGAUCAGGCGCAGGCCCACGUGUACCAUUUAAUGAAGUCUGACAGCUAUUCAAGAUACCUCCGCUCGGAGAUGUAUAAGGAUAUAUUGAAUGGAUCAAAGAAAAAGACGUCCGUGAAAGGUAUACGUUCCAUCGUGUCAUUCACUGGAAGGAAAGAAACGUCCUAUUAA